CAAUUCCCAACCGCUAAAUCCUCUUCUCCACUUCUGAAAAACCUAAGGUGAGGUUCAACCUUGAAAGAGACGGCCAACAUUCACAAGAAACUGGAAAACCAAAAUGCUAGUACUUAGCCAAGCACCGGCGGUCUCCCUUCCUAACAGUAGCAGCAGAUGCUGCAGCUGCUGCACUUCUUCAUCUUCAACCUCAUCUUCUGUUACCUCUAAACAAGCUCUCAAAUUUUCCCACAUUAAUCCAACCGCAACCCUUUUCUCUAAACGCAGUCUCAAAUCAAAUUCAAUCAAACACACCCUUCGAUUUCCUCUUAUUGUUGCCAAAUCAUCCGAUUCAUCUUCUCCUGUUACCAAGCAAUCCCCUCCUGAUAACGACACCGUUUUUGUUGGCCCUGAUUCUGUUCCUCUUGAAGGUGUUAUUCAAUUUGAUAAGCCUUCUUCUUCCCGCUUUCAAAAAUGGGGGAAAGUUGCGCUAUUAGCUGGUGGUGAUGUAUUGGCAAUACUCCUGUUUUCUGCAAUUGGAAGGUUUAGCCAUGGAUUCCCUGUUUUCGAGGCUGAAACAUUGCGCACUGCUGACCCUUUUAUUGCUGGAUGGUUUCUAAGCGCGUACUUCCUUGGAGGGUACAGUGAGGAUGGUCGAGGGAUGAAUGGUUUGAAUAAGGCAGUUGCUGCUGCUGCCAAGUCUUGGGCCGUAGGUAUACUGAUGGGAUUGGGUAUACGUGCAUUAACUUCAUCACAUUUUCCGCCCACCAAUUUUAUUUUGGUGACUCUAGGAAGCACUGCGGUUCUGCUAAUUGGUUGGAGGACACUCUUGUUCCAGAUUCUUCCUAGUGGCAAGAACAAGAAAGAUGAUAUGUACAGACGUGGAAGUCCAUUCGAACUGUUUGAGCUGCUUACUUCUCUGGUUAGGAGGUGGUGAAAAGUGGCUCAAUGCCUGACAUUUGAGUAUAUUUGUGUGUAAAUUCAGUUUACUAUAUAGUUGUAUCUUCAUCUUUAAGAUGCUAACUUAUUUUUAUAUGAUUUGACUUUAUGGAUGAUGCA